UUAAAUUGUGGACGGCGGCGACAUCUUGGCCCGUCAAGGUCAAGAAAAUAGACCGCGUUUUCUACAUGGUGGAUGGCUGGUCCGAGUUCGUCACCGACAACAACAUCCUCGAAAUGAAGAUGCUUUGCUUCCACAUCGUCGGAAAUUCCACUCUCCAGGUCGCCAUUUUCGGCAACAAUUCCUGCCUCGAACUCGGAACAGAGCUACAAACUGAAGAGCCAGUUGAGGAGAUCCCAAAAGAGUGCUCUGAUGCGACGGCGGUUGGAAGGGCAGACAAGAUAAGACUGCAGGAUUGGGAAGGAGAGAAGUGGACGAUCUCCAUAACAGACGGGAAGAAAUUCCUGAAUGCGAACAACUUGGAGGUUGGAGCAGUCUUGGUCUUUGAUUUCGACAUGGAUUCUAAUGAUGUGAUUAAGGUUGAGGUGAUGGAGAGGAGAUGCUUGCUCUGGCUACUUAUGGAGGCUUCCUGUAAAAACUAAUGAUCCGGAUUCAUAUGAUCCGAAAUAACAACAACAAAUUUGAAGAGAAACAA